GUGUCUCAGACUCGGAGCUUCUCCGGAUCUGUUGAACAACCCCCCGCGGUCUGUCCCGGGUUCGGCUGCCUCCAAACCCGAACCUAGUGGUUCCGUGUUCCGCCCAGGAUUUACUUCCUCGCUCUCCGUUGCGCACCGCAGAUCGUGCACUCACUCAGCCGCCCGCGCGGAGGACCGUUGAUGCGCGUGCUCGGCUCUGAUGGAGAUGGAGGUGCUGAUCCUGAUCUUUCUGUCCCUCCGGAUCUUCCAGCCCGACGCAGCGCGCGCGGACUCCAUCAUCCACAUCGGCGCCAUCUUUGAGGAGAAUGCGGCACGGGACGAUGAGGUGUUUCAGCUCGCUGUGUCUGACCUUAGCCUGAGUGACGACAUCCUGCAAAGUGAGAAGAUCACGCAUUCAAUAAAGCUCAUUGAGCCCAACAACCCCUUCCAGGCUGUGCAGGAAGCCUGCGAGCUGAUGAACCAGGGCAUCUUGGCGUUGGUUACCUCGACCGGCUGUGCGUCAGCCAGCGCCCUGCAGUCUCUGACGGACGCUAUGCACAUACCACACCUUUUCAUCCAGAGGAACAGCGAGGGAUCUCCCAGGACGGCCUGCCAGUUCAACCCGAGCCCAGGAGGCCAGCGCUACACACUGGCGGCCCGACCUCCUGUGCGCCUGAACGACGUGAUGCUGAUGCUGGUGGAGGAGCUGGGCUGGCAGAAGUUCAUUGUGUUUUAUGACAUCGAGUACGACAUCCGCGGCCUGCAGAGUUUUCUGGAUCAGACAUCUCGUCAGGGAGUGGACGUCGCCCUGCAGAGGGUGGACAGGAACAUCAGUAAAGUCUUCACUAACCUCUUCACCACAAUGCGGACCGAGGAGUUGAACCGGUACCGGGACACCUUACGCAGAGCGGUCCUGCUGCUUAGCCCCCAAGGAGCGCACACGUUCAUCCAGCAGGCAGUGGAAACAAACCUGGCCUCCAAAGACAGCCACUGGGUGUUUGUGAACGAGGAAAUCAGUGACGCAGAGAUUCUGGAGCUGACUCAGGGUGCUCUAGGGCGUAUGAUGGUCAUACGGCAGAUCUUCCCCCUCUGGAGGGACAGCAGCUCCCGGUGCAUGAGGCAGAACCACAGGAUUUCCUCAAUACUGUGUGACCCGCAAGAAGGAUACCUGCAGAACCUGGAGGUGUCCAACCUGUACCUUUACGACAGCGUGUUAAUGCUGGCCAAUGCCUUCUACAGGAAGCUGGAAGACAGGAAAUGGCACAGUAUGGCCAGUCUAAACUGCAUUAGAAAGUCCACCAAGCCAUGGAACGGGGGCUGGUCCAUGCUGGAGACCAUUCAAAAGGGGAACAUCACAGGUUUAACAGGUACCAUGGACUUCAAGGAUAAUGGCUCCAACUCCCAUGUCCAGUUCGAGAUCCUUGGCUCCAGCUUCAGUGAAACCUUUGGGAAGGACAUCAAGAGGCUCGCCACGUGGGACUCUGUUCAUGGACUGAACGGCAGUCUGAAGGAGAGCCGAAUUGAGAACGGCAUGCAGGGGGUGAUGAUUAAAGUGGUCACAUUGCUGGAAGAUCCCUUCGUCAUGGUGGCAGAAAACAUCCUGGGCCAGCCGAAGCGCUAUAAAGGCUUCUCGAUCGACGUACUGGAUGCCCUGGCCAAAAUCCUGGGCUUCAAAUAUGAGAUUUAUCAGGUGGCAGAUAGUAAAUAUGGCUCUCAGCUUCCAAACGGCUCCUGGAACGGCAUGAUUGGAGAUCUUAUCAACAAGAGGGCCGACCUGGCUGUGUCAGCCAUAACCAUCACUCCAGAGCGGGAGAAUGUGGUGGACUUCAGCAAGCGUUACCUGGACUACAGAGUGGGCAUCCUGGUGCGAAAACCUGAAGAGAAGAUCAACAUCUUCUCCCUGUUUGCACCUUUUGACUUUGCUGUCUGGGCCUGCAUUGCCGCUGCCAUCCCGGUGGUGGGGGUGCUCAUCUUCUUGCUGAACAGGCUGCAGGCUCUGCACUCCUCCUCCUCCUCCUCCCAGAGCCUUUCACACGGCCGGCGAUCAAAUGGGGUGGGGUCGGGCACGCUGCACAGCGCUAUCUGGAUUGUAUAUGGAGCCUUUGUUCAACAAGGCGGGGAUGGCGUGGUGGGCUCUGUGGCUCUGAGGAUCGUCAUGGGCAGCUGGUGGCUCUUUACACUUAUCGUGUGCUCGUCCUACACUGCCAACCUGGCUGCUUACCUGACUGUGUCACGCAUGGACCACGCCAUAAGAUCUUUUCAGGACUUGGCACGCCAGAUGGAUGUUGAUUAUGGCACAGUAAGGGACUCGGCUGUGUACGACUACUUCAGGAACAAAGGCACCAACCCUUUGGAGCAGGACAGCACCUACGCCGAGCUGUGGAGGACCAUGAGCAGGAACGACGGCCUGGACCACUCCGUGUCCAGUCCCUCUGAAGGCAUCCGCAAGGCCAAGAAGAGUCCAUACGCCUUCCUGUGGGACAUGGCGGUGCUGGAGUACACCGCUCUGACCGAUGAUGAUUGCACCAUCACUGUGUCGGGGAACAGCAUGAGCAGCAAAGGCUACGGUAUUGCCAUGCAGCACGGAAGCCCCUACAGAGAUCUCUUCUCCCAGAAGAUCUUAGAGCUGCAGGAGAAAGGGGACCUGGACAUCAUGAAGCAAAAAUGGUGGCCCAGAACAGGUCGAUGUGACCUCAGCAACCACGCCGCAACGCACCCUGAUGGCCGCUCCCUCAAGUUGCACAGCUUUGCUGGCAUCUUCUGCUUCCUGGCUGCUGGCCUGCUUCUAGCUUGCCUAGUGGCUGGCAUGGAGGCGUGGUGGAACAGCAACCGCUGCCGGCAGGAGCAGCCCAAAGAGGUCACUAAGGAUUACAGACUGACAAGGGUUUCUGCUCCAUUGACAUAUAAUGAAUUUACAACUGCUUCAUCGGAGGGGAGAAGGGACAUUUGGACAGACAGAGAGAAAGGCUGGGAUGAAGCAGAAGCUAUUGACACAGGACAAAGAGGUGAACCUGGAGCAGGUGCACCGUCGAAUGAACAAUCUUUUGGACGAGGACUUGGUCCACAAGCAGAUCCCCGGCCCCUCUAUCGAGAUCUCUGUGCUGGACAUCAACAGCCAGGCUGCUCUGGUCCAGGGUCCAGAGUCCAUGCGGGACUACCCUCCCUCGGGCCUCGCUGUGAAUACAUUCCUUCCCGAGGAGAGUGCUCCACCACCUCUUCCCCACCCUCAUCAUGGGGGGACCCUAGGCAGGAUGCUGCCCCUGUCCCAGGGCCUUGGCAGCACCACACUGCCCCCCCACCACCCACUCAGCAGCACCAGCCUCAGCGGCAGCCUGCAGUGCAAACACAGGGCCCCCAACGGGGGGCUAUUCCGGCAGAGCCCUGGCAAGACACCCAUGCCAAUGUCCUACCAGCCAGUCUCUGCAGGACACAUACCCGAAGCCAUUGAUGCAAGCCACAGUACAUCCAUAUAGAGGGGGGGGCUGCAAUCUGGAUUUGGAUCCAGGUUCGGAUGGGACUUUUGUCACGGAGUCAAAACACAACUGUACAAAGUACAAUUUUUUACCAUCGACUCUGAAGAGAUGUCAAAAGAUGGGGGCUGGGGUACUUUUUUUUUUCCUGUACACAAGUGUAAAUAAUAAAAUAAUUCAGUGAGGUUAAAGUGUAUUUUGAAUAUUCUCAAUUUUGAAGUUGACUUAAAAAAACAAAAGAAUAAAAAAUCUCUAGUUAUACUUAAACUCUGAAAUGUUCUGACGAGGUCGGUGGAUUUGUAAAUUUGGUUCCGUUAAAACACUGACACGGAUCCAUUGUGAUUAUUUUCUAAGUCUCCAAUUAAAGGUUGUCCACAACUCCUUAUGUAAACAAAUAAACAAAUACCCAUGAUACACCACUGUAGGGACAUUUUUGUCAAACACCUAAUGUUAUGCACCUCUGUACCAUUCUUGUAUCCAGUAUAUUCUUCUCAUUGGUCAGAAAAUAUUUACCCUUUUCUUUGUUUUGUAUAAAAUAUAAAAUAGACAUGCCUUCUCUAA